UGUGUUUCCCUGCGAAGAUCGGUCAGACCUGCGAGGCACUGUGAAGAGCGGGUGGAUCUGAGCGUUCUCUGUUUCUAUUUAAAUGAUCUUAAAGUUUGGCUGUGCGGGAGUAAAAGUUGUCCAAUGGUGUCUUCUCUAAGGAAAGCAAAAUGUCUGAUAAAAGUGACUUGAAAGCGGAGCUUGAGCGCAAAAAGCAGCGCUUAGCACAGAUAAGAGAAGAGAAGAAACGGAAGGAAGAGGAGAGAAAAAGGAAGGAGGCAGAUAUGCAGCAGAAGAAAGAACCUGCUCAGGAUGACUCUGAUCUGGAUCGUAAACGACGAGAGACAGAAGCUUUGCUACAGAGCAUUGGGAUAUCUCCUGAGCCUCCUCUAGUGCAGCCGCUGCAUUUUUUAACUUGGGAUACCUGUUAUUUUCAUUAUUUAGUCCCAACCCCUAUGUCUCCCUCUUCGAAAUCAGUGAGCACUCCCAGUGAAGCUGGAAGCCAAGACUCAGGCGAUCUGGGGCCAUUAACAAGGACCCUGCAGUGGGACACAGACCCCUCAGUGCUCCAGCUGCAGUCAGACUCAGAACUUGGAAGAAGACUGCAUAAGCUGGGUGUGUCCAAGGUUACCCAAGUGGAUUUCCUGCCCCGAGAAGUGGUGUCUUACUCCAAGGAGACCCAGACUCCUCUUGCUACACAUCAGUCUGAAGAGGAUGAGGAAGAUGAAGAAAUGGUGGAACCCAAAGUUGGCAAUGAUUCAGAACUGGAAAAUCAAGACAAAAAGCAGGAAAUGAAGGAAGCCCCUCCCAGGGAGCUGACAGAAGAAGAAAAACAGCAGAUUCUUCAUUCAGAAGAAUUCCUCAUCUUUUUUGAUCGAACAAUACGAGUAAUUGAAAGAGCACUGGCCGAAGAUUCUGACAUCUUUUUUGACUACAGCGGCAGAGAGUUAGAGGAAAAAGACGGGGAUGUUCAGGCUGGAGCCAAUCUCUCUUUCAACCGUCAGUUUUAUGAUGAGCAUUGGUCUAAGCAUCGGGUGGUCACUUGUAUGGACUGGUCUCUCCAGUACCCUGAGCUGAUGGUCGCUUCUUACAACAACAAUGAAGAUGCGCCGCAUGAACCAGAUGGAGUAGCCUUGGUUUGGAACAUGAAGUUUAAGAAAACCACACCAGAAUACGUCUUCCACUGUCAGUCCUCUGUGAUGUCUGUCUGCUUUGCCCGUUUUCAUCCUAAUUUGGUGGUUGGUGGAACAUACUCAGGCCAGAUUGUCCUGUGGGACAAUCGCAGUCAUCGAAGGACACCUGUGCAGAGGACACCCUUGUCAGCUGCUGCACACACACACCCAGUGUACUGUGUCAAUGUCAUUGGGACCCAGAAUGCUCAUAACCUCAUCACUGUCUCCACUGAUGGGAAAAUGUGCUCCUGGAGCCUGGACAUGCUCUCAACUCCACAGGAGAGCAUGGAGCUGGUGUACAAUAAGUCCAAGCCUGUCGCUGUUACUGGAAUGGCUUUCCCGACGGGAGAUGUCAAUAACUUUGUGGUCGGCAGUGAGGAGGGUACAGUCUACACAGCCUGUCGUCAUGGAAGCAAAGCAGGCAUUGGUGAGGUCUUCGAAGGCCACCAAGGGCCAGUCACGGGAAUUAACUGCCACAUGGCUGUGGGUCCAAUUGACUUUUCUCACUUGUUUGUCACGUCGUCAUUUGAUUGGACUGUCAAACUAUGGACCACAAAGCACAACAAGCCGCUCUAUUCCUUUGAAGACAAUGCGGACUACGUGUACGAUGUCAUGUGGUCCCCCGUGCACCCCGCGCUCUUCGCCUGCGUGGACGGGAUGGGGCGCCUGGACCUCUGGAACCUCAACAACGACACGGAGGUUCCAACAGCAAGUGUGGCCAUCGAAGGGGCAUCUGCCUUAAACCGCGUUCGUUGGGCUCAAGCUGGCAAGGAAGUCGCUGUUGGGGACUCAGAAGGCCGUAUUUGGAUCUAUGAUGUGGGAGAGCUUGCAGUUCCCCACAAUGAUGAAUGGACGCGAUUUGCCAGGACCCUGGUGGAAAUUCGUGCCAACAGAGCUGACAGCGAGGAGGAGAGUGCAGUGGAGUUAUCUGCCUAGUAGAAAUGAGCCCCUUCUCCCCCCAUCGUAGCCCAGCCUUUAUGAGCUAUAGAGCUCACCAUCCUGUGUUUGGUAUCCAUUCAGUAUCGGUAUAACAGUGAUGUUUUGGGUGCCAUAUUGUGCCAGCUUUCCUCCAGGUAUCCCACACUAUCCACUGACCUGAAAUUCACCAGAGCAUUUCUAUCUUUAUCUUUCUGUCUCAAAAAUGAAAGGGGUGGGAGACAUUUACGGGUUUAGUUGUUGCCUUUUAACUACUUCGUAGCUGUGUUUAUUAGCUGGAAACCUCUGGUAAAAUUUGUGCUUAUGUGCACUUUUUGGCAUAGUCCUAUUAAAUCCAUAUGAAGCCAAAUAUGAUUGGGUGCAGAUGUGGUGGGCCUCAUGAUAUGGUACACGGCCAAGGACGUGCGAUGUGGUGUUUUACAUGGUGGCUCACAUUAUGAAUGGAUUUUCUAGAAGAACAUUGCUGCUCCUUAUUUAUUGUAGUGCUCUGCAUGGAACAUAUUUAUUUGAAAGCAUUAAAAUAAAUGAUCCUAGAGCAUGUGCAUAAUGAGAGAACUGUAUUCUCUCUGCUGCUGUUGAGGUUACAUUAAGUUCCAAAUAACAAUUAUAAUAUGCCAGUUCCACUGAGAACAUGAAGUCUUUAGAGGUUUGUUGCAGUGAACGGAAUGAAUUUUAAUGCCCAUUAUUUCUAGGUACUUUAACCAUAUUUCAAAUAUAGUUGACCAUUGAUACUUGUCAUUCAAGCUAACACAAAAGUCCAACAAAAGUCUGUGGUUCCUAAAUAUUACACCAGUAUUACCAAUAAAAUGUUCCAAACCA